GACCUCGCUUGAAGCAACCAUCAUUCUUUCAUCCGGACCAGCAAUGGCUCUGCAUUUCAUUGUUCUGCUUCUCACCAGUGUGCUUUUCUCCAAAGCACUGGCAUUGAAAUGCUAUGGAAAUAUAACAGAUCCAGCAACGGGAACAUGGUCAAAUUCUUCAAAUGUCUGUUUAGGACAGUGUAACUCCAUGACCACAACUGUAUUCCUAGGUGACCUUAAACAAAGUAUGAGCAUGAAACUUUGCGGGGAUCCAUAUUCGUGUCUCAAUGGGAGCAUAAAUUACGGACAAAGCAGGGUAACUGUAAACAGCCUAUGUUGUGGUACAGAUUACUGCAACAGUCAGUUUAUACCAGCAUCUCCACGCUUUCCUGUCAAUGGAAAGAUUUGUUAUACCUGUAAUAAUACAGACUGUUCAAAAGUUUUGCCUUGUGAAGGUGAUGAGAACCAGUGCUUCACUUCCACAGUUCCGAUAGCUGGAAAGGUUCAGACUCAGAAAGGAUGUGCAAGCAAGUUGUUCUGUUUGAACAUUGGGGGUAAUGAAAACAAAUGUUGCGACGGUAACCUGUGUAACAGUGCCCAGAGCAUUAGAGCUUUCUUUAUUCCGCUCUUAUCUCUAAUUUUCCUAUUUUUUAUGUAAGAUGAAACAAGCGAAAAUUAGGUUGUGAUCCUUUAUUCUUCUCUCUUAAUCUAUGAGUUUAAGGGGAUGUGCGAGAGAGCACAGGGUGUGGUCCCAUUAAAGCUGCAUGUCAGGAGACAACUUAUAUAUGCCUAUCCCUCUUGUCGCUCUUUUUUCAUUAGUUUUACCAUUAUAAAAUGUGACCCUCAAUGAGAAAACCCUAAAGUAAACAAAAGUUUUUUUGUGAUUUAUUGUUUACUACAUAAAAUCAUCUUACAGAACAUUAUGUGAAUAUUUAUCAGUGAUAUCUCUAAUAUUGACUAAGACCAUGUCAAAUAUUGAAAUUGUAGUUAAAAUAAUAGGUUAAAUUAAACUUUGAUGCUCCUAAUCAUACAAUUACAUUUUAGACAUGGUUUUCACAAGCAGGGUCACAAAUAAGUCUGUUGACAAUAGUGAGAGCAUAUUUGGACUUUGGAGUGAUGGAUGACUACAAAAUAAAAGCACCUGUGGAUGUGCAGCCAUUUGACUGUACUUCAUCUAAUUGGGCAGAAAUAAGCAAUGUGAUUUCUUUCUGUGUAAUUAAAUCUAGUGAAAGAGCUUAGUAAAAAUAAAGUUUAAAAUAGAUUAUUAACAUAUGUGUUUAA